UAAGAGCGGCGGCAGCGGGGGACGGGCCCAGAGCGAUGGGCGCCGUCAUGGGAGCCGGGCGAGCGGUGGGGCUGCUGCUGGUUGUGCUGCUGACGAUGCCUAGAGCCCGAGCGAACUGUGGGGAGACAGAGUACUUCCAUCAAGGUCUCUGCUGUGUCUUUUGUGAAGCAGGUACCUUUGUGGCUGACCACUGCAAUGCUUCGCAUUUGAAAGGAAAAUGUGACCCUUGCAAGGAAGGAAAAGGCUUUACUGCCCAUGCCAACGGCUUGGAGGAAUGCUUGCCUUGCAGACGGUGCAAAGACGAUCAGAUAACUCUGAGACCCUGUACUCUGACACAGAAUGCUGAAUGCCAGUGCAAACAAGGGUAUUUCUGUGAUGAUGAGGGCUGUGAAAUGUGUCGAAGAAUCAGUCAAGAGCAUCUGGAUGGGAACGAAAUCCUGCUGAAUUCCACUGAUACUGCAGAACUAGGCUUAACCAAUCAAGGGAAGGAAGCUCGUGUUUGGGUUAUUCCGGUGCUUCUGUCGGCUGGUUUGGGUUUACUAGUAGUAGUUGUUGUUGUUGUUAAAAAGCUGAAGUGUAAUAAAGCUGCCUCAACUGUUAAAGAUGUGGAGGGAUGUUUGAUCUCUGGUAGGAUGUGUUCCUGUGAUGCAACAAGUUGUGAUUCAUGCAACAAGGUACAAGAACCAAGUCAGAUAAUUGCUAAAGACCUCUUUACACAUGAACUCAGAGAGACCUUUGAUGUCUUUACAAAGGAAGUACCACCACAACAGUGGAAGCGGUUUAUGAGAACUCUUCUACAGGAAAACAAUAUUGAUAAAAUUAUUUCUAAAUUUCCUAAUAAUACAGAAGAACAAUCAUAUCAGAUGCUUCUCAUCUGGAAAAACAAACUGGGAAAGAAACAAUGAAUUAUUAAUUUACUGGAUGCAUUGAGGCACAUAGAGACCAAGACUUAUUACAGCAUAUUAAACACUUUAAAAAGUAAUAACAUUAUAAGUAAAGUAGAAGCUGAAGAUUAAUGUUUAUGAGGAACUGCAAAAAUGUUCCUGUGUACAUAUGUGUGUCUUCAGACUUCCUUAAAUGAGGGUGUCAGAAACUGCUGGUAGAAAUGGAGUUGUUAGCCACCUCAGCUCAUGGAGGGAGCCAGAGGGGAUGUAAUGCCUUUGUUGUUUUCAUGUUUACAUGACCUUCCUACCUCUGAGUCAUAUAAUAUUAAAAACAGGUGCUGGAUGCCCACUUCGGAGCCAGGAGCUCGGGCAUCCCUUAGUUUGUGGCAGUGCUGUCCCAGCCUGGGGGCAGGGAUCAAGAGUCCGCUGCUGUUUUUGAGUACUGUGAUGCUUUAGUUUCCGAAACCAUUUUUUGUUGUAUCGGACUGCUCAGCACCGCUAUGUUUGAAGAACAGCAAUAAAACCCUGGCUCGGACAGAA